AUGUUUAGUUUAGACGCACCCUUAGCACCAGCCAUUAAUGCGUUUGUAGAUCCAGAAAACAAUAAUGCGACGCAGAAAACGGGACUUAAUAAUGUUGUUAUGCAAGUACAUCGUCAUGUAAGUAUAGAAGAGUUAAUCCAGGCUCUAGGUAUCCACCUUACCAGCGACGACGAUAAAGUGCGCUCACGAGCGAUUCUGCUCUUGUCCGAGGUGCUCACGCGUCUACCAGAGAUGCAAUUGGCACCGAGUGCUGUACAACUGCUCAUGAUCUUUUUUACCGACCGCUUGGACGAUUUUUCCAGCGCCUCCGCCUGUUUGCGCGCACUACUGGCGCUUGAGACGCACCACGCAGCCCAAAUCUCGUCACCCCACACGACUGUAGCGCUCGUUUUGAAGCUAGGAAACACAUUGUACAUUCCACAGCUGGUUCAGUCCAUGCGUAAAAUGUGCUUUGAAAUCAUGCAACUUGCAUUAGCGCAGGCAACGGUUGUGGAGCUGCUGCUAGACUCGGUACCGGCGGAUAGAGACGCUCAAAAUAUCAGUAUGAACGACACAGAACAGAGUGAAGAUCUCGGCAAACUGUUUGCACAAACAUUUUUGAGUGCCAUGGAGGGAGAAAAGGAUCCGCGUAACUUACUGCUGUGCAUGCAGGUGGCGCGUACGUUGUUGUCCAAGUUGGAGCCCGUGUUCACUUGCAGUGAUGUGCUGCUGCAGCAAUACUUCGAUGUUGUGUCUUGCUACUUCCCCAUUAUCUUCACGCCACCACCAAACGACCCAUAUGGAAUUACGUCGGAAGUACUUGUUGUGUCUCUGCGUCACGUGUUUGCGGCUUCCGAUUUGUUAGCUCCGCUGGUGCUGCCGUUCUUACUAAAGAAACUGGCAUCUACAGUAGUGGAGGCAAAGUUGGAUGCUCUGCAAACACUGGUCUUUUGUGGAGAACGAUAUUCUAUGAAUGCGCUGCUACUGCAGACGCACGAAGUGGCGACAGCGCUGUAUGACGAAGUUCUUGACGGUGAGAAGCAGGAGGUUAUUGCCGAAGCUCGUCAGGUGAUUUCGCGGUUUUCUGGAGUUGUUGCACGCGCAAAAGCGCAGAAUACGCCAGGCGCGGCUUAUGCAUGGAGUAAAUUUGUGGUGGACAUGACCGCGCGUGCUGUGAGUGAUCUGCGUGAACAUGCUGCGGACUCGAUGGUGAGCGUGUCGGCUGGUCAAGUGCUCGCGGCACUAGGAUACGAGUCAGCGAUAAGUUUUGCCCAUGUUCUUAAAGUUGCGGUGCCUCUGCUGGUAGAGCAGCUCCAUACUGAGUCUUCUGGAAGUGAACGAGUUGCUUCAAAAUGCGAAUCUGCGCUGGCGCGAAUUUUGCUUCUUGUGAACACAAUCGACCGAGAGAUCGAUCAAAGUGGUCAAACGCAGCCCAUGCGCCCUUAUGCACCUGCGCUUAUUGACGCGCUAGUUAACUUCCUCAGUAUUGAUCAAGACGCUCGGGUUGAUCUUGGCAGCAGUACGACUGCACGCUGCAUAGCAGUGGAAGCGCUGUGCCAUCUACUCACCUUCCCGCCGUCACCGAUCGUGACACCCGCACAAGUUAAGGCACUUAUUAACCUGUUUACCCGCCUGCUGCUUCUUGACCCUGCAAAGGAGGUGCGAGAUGCCUGCUUACAGAGCUUGAAGGAGAUCUCCACCAUGUCAACGGCGUCGCUUGGCGCAUUGGGUGGCACUAGUGGCUACGCUUCGUUUGUGGUAGAGAUUUCGCUAGCAAGGCUUAUGGCUGCAGUUAAUCAAGGAACUGAUCACGAAGACGAUGAUGACGAAGAAGGCGCAGGUGUUUCCGCAGUCUUGACUGCUUCGAAUCGCACUUUUGACUUGUUUUUUGAGGAGGCAUUGUUGGCUAUCACCGAGCUUUGCCGCGAGUCAUCUAUUUUUCAGGCUACAAUCUUUCUUCUCGUCGAUAUGUGCAUGGAAAAGGGUGAUAGCUUACAGUGCGACACUCGAUUUUGUGAAAGAGCCGGUGACAUUGCUCGCCAGCAUCAUGUCAACUAUCUUUUAAAUGCAGUUGCCAAGAUUGUAGAGAUUAACGCUGCUGAUCGUACUAGCAUGGAGUUUUGUGUCCAGCCAUCUUCGACGGAUUCUGUCAUCUUUAGGCUGCUCACAGCCGUGAAGACGUCUGCAGCUCAUGCAGGUGCUUUUGUAAGUGGUGAACAGUCUGGUCUUGUGGAUGAUGCGAAGCUUGUAGCUUGUGGUCGAAUCUUCCGCGCAGUAAUGCAAAAUGUGUCUCCGACCACACAACAGCGGCUGAUCGACGCCGUGGUGCCAGCGUUCUUGCGCACGCAUCCCUCAGAACCUGCUAGUCUGCAGCUCGUGCCGCUUUUUGCUGCAGUUAUUAAUUCAGCCUCUCGCGACGUGACGCUGCCGGAUACGUCGUUGGUUAUUAACAGGUUACUUGAGCUUGCGCAGUCUGGUGCUGCUACAGUCCCAGAGACGUCACCUCACCGGCUUCAUGUUGUGUACACUGAAGCUGCACUCUCGGCGGCUAAAACGUUGGCUUCUAUUGUGAACAAAAUGUCGGACGGCGCUGAGUUUGAUGCUCUCAUUGACCUGCUGCUCUCACAGAAGCUUGCGGUUGUGAUCUGUAAUCCCGCCGAGAAGUUUGCCGUGCGGGUGUCUGCGCUGCAGAUUUAUGCCUGGAUUGCGAAGGCAUUAGUUAUUCGAGGCCACAAGGUUCAGGCACCAAUGUGUCUACGCUUUCUAUGCAACUUUCUCACGCCAGGGAGCCAAAAUGAUGACGCAGAUGUUAACAUGGAACAGAAAGUCAAUGAUUUGGAAGCUUCUGCCUUGCGUAUAGAAGUUGCCAAGACGUUUAAGUUGCUAGUUUUGGAAUACCCGGACGUGCUCAACCGUAAAUGCGGCGCUAUAAUCACGUUUCUUUACAGGCAAAGAAUGUUUGACCUAGUGUUUCCGUUGCUGCUCGUGUACAUUAGUACUCACGUUGGGGAAGAAAUUAGCGUGGCUGCACUUGUCGCGUUCGCGCAAGUGAUCGCACAUUCGCCCAAAGCUGUUUACCUUCCUCAUCUAGCCCAGAUCUUUCCGCUUAUGGCGCAUGCCCUCAACACGGACAAUAGGGAGUUGGGUAGUGCCGCUAUUCAGACAUUUAAGCCACUGCUGCUAGAUUCUGUGGAGAGCGCCAAGCCGUUCCUCAAGGACGUGUUUCCAGGGCUGCUGAAGCAAGCGCGGUUCGGGUCUGGUGCUAAGGACAGAUAUGCAGCAUUAGAGUGUCUUGCAGAGUUGGCUGCGAUCCCUUAUGAGCUUGUACAUCCAUACAAAGACACUGUGCUCCGGAGCCUCUUGCUUGCGCUGGACGACCGCAAGCGUCUUGUUCGUCACAUGGCUGUCCGUGUGCGUAAUCGGUGGAGUAUCUUGUGA